AUGUCUUCGGGUAAAAAAAUUCGAAUAAAACUUCAACGGCCUUCGUAUCCACCCGCAGACAAACCUCUAAACACCCUUACAAUUCACGAAAAACUAAUGAAGGUUGGUCGAUACAUGCCCUGUUCACCAAAAGUCCCUACUUCGUCGAAUGGCCAAUGUGACUGUGUUGGUUGGAAGCCAAACCCAGCGGGUAGUAAUCGUGCAGACUCGUGCUCUUGUGGCCACCGCUUAAGUUCUCAUGGUGGAAAUCAAGAUGAAGACUUUUCCAGACGCCUUGAUAUAGCCAUGAAAAUUGAUAAAUAUCUCGAAGAUAAAAAUAAGCUAUUAGAUUUUUCAUAUGAAGACGAAGAGGUUAAGAGGCUCAGAGGACAAAUGACCAAUAAUAAAUUAAAAGAAGAGAGUGAAGAAGAAAACACGGAACUUGUUGAGUACCCUGAAGGUCUUCCUUCAGAUCUCGAAUUUCGGUGCAUCACCAACGAUAAUACCCGUGAAAACUUGAUUUUGCUCACAAAUCUAAAAAAGGUGUUUGCCACCCAACUACCAAAUAUGCCUAAACAUUAUAUCGCUAGAUUAACUUAUGACACGGCUCAUUAUAGUGUUGUGCUUAUUCGACCAAUUGAUACUGGUAACAAAAUGCCAAAGGUGAUCGGGGGAAUCACAUAUCGUCCAUUUCCCGAACAGAAAUUUGCUGAAAUUGUGUUUUGUGCUAUCGAUGCACAAGAACAAGUUCGAGGUCAUGGAUCGCGUUUAAUGAACUAUUUUAAAGACUAUAUAAGAGCUACCUCGGAUAUCCAACAUUUUAUGACUUAUGCAGAUGACUUGGCUGUUGGCUUCUUUAAAAAGAAUGGAUUUACCACUGAAAUUGACUUGGAUCCGGCAGUUUGGGUGGGAUAUAUUAAAGAUUAUACUGGAGGAACAUUAAUGCAGUGUUCAAUGCUUCCAAGAAUAAAAUAUGUUCAUGUGAAAAAAAUUCUCGAAUCUCAGCGCCAAGCCAUCAAGAAAAAAUUAGAAGAAAGAUACAUCUCAGCCAAAGUCUAUCCUGGUUUACAACAACUCAAAGAAGGCGCGCAAAACAUUGAUCCAAUGGAAGUUCCCGGUAUUAAAGAAUCAGGAUGGACUGCACAAAUGGAAGAUCAAGCAAAACAAACCAAGCACCUGCCACAUUAUCCUGUGAUGGUUACCGUAUUACAAGCACUUCGAAACCACCGGUAUGCAUGGCCGUUCCAAGAACCGGUUAACGCGGAAAUAGUCCCUGACUAUUAUCACAUUAUCAAAAAUCCAAUGGAUUUACAAACUCUCAAACAAAACAUGGAGAACGAUAAGUAUCCCACCAUUAUUGAAUUUUCGAACGAUGCACAACGCAUAUUUGAUAAUGCUCGUCAAUAUAACUCACCAUCGACAGUCUAUGUCAAAGCUGCUGAUGAGCUUGAAGAAUUCUUUUGGAAUAAAUUGUAUGAAGAAGGAGUGCGGUUGGUGUAA